CUAACAGACUAAUUCGAAUCAAUGGCCGAUCUCACUCUAUCCAACAAAUCCAACGGUCACGAUUAUGCAUCUCCGUUACGAUCCAACCCGAUACGCUACCGAACUCGUCUCGGUUUCGGUGAUGGUGUCGCCGUCUCCCUCCCUCUCUCUCUUCUCUCUCUCCUCUCCUCUUCUCCAAACACGCCUUCGUUCUCUUUCUCUCUCCUCCCCCUUUCUUCCCUUAUCCUCCCCCAACCUUUGCUUAUUUACACAUUGACCCCUUCCCUCCUCCCCCUUUUUAUCUCCACCAACAAUUCUCCACGUCACCAUCUUCUUCCUCCUCCCCUCUCUCUUUCUCUCUCCUCUCUCUCUAUUCAACCACUUUCUCUCUCCUAGGGUUUCAAUAACCGUUCGAAGGCGCCGUCGAUCGUCACUUUCUCGGGUUAGGGUUUGGGAGCUGAUGGCGAUUGUGAAGUCCACUAGCGGUAGGGUCUCGAGAUUCGACGGCGACGACUCGCCGGAGAUGAUCUCCGCCGAUGAGUCCGACGAUGAGGAGGAGGUCUCGGAUUCUUCGGAUUUGGGCAUGGAAUCGGAUCCUUCGGAUGCGGAUUCGGGCAUGGAGUCCGAUGAAUUCGAUCUAUCUGAACUUGGUGAGGCUAAUUCAGAGCUAUGUCAAGUCGGUAACCAGAGCUUUUCUGUUCCUUUUGAGAUUUUUGAUCUCCCUGAUCUAAGUUCAGUUCUUUCGUUGGAAACUUGGAAUGAGUGUUUAACUGAGGAGGAGAGGUUUGGCCUAUCGGCUUUCUUACCCGAUAUGGACCAAGAAACUCUAGCCCGAACCCUAACGGAGCUUUUUUCUGGUAAAAAUUUCCACUUUGGGAGUCCUAUUCAUGAUUUGUUUAGUAAGUUGAAAGGUGGGAUGUUGGAUCCAAGAGUGGUGCUUUAUCGUAGAGGUUUGAGUUUCUUUCGAAAUAGAGAGUAUUACCAUUCGCUCAGAAAGUAUCAGAAUUCGAUGGUGGGGGGUAUCUUUAAAAUUCAGGAUGCUUGGAGGAACUGUUCAGGGUAUGGGAUUGAGGAAAGAUUGCGGCUUUUGAACAUUUUCAGAAGUCAGAGGAGUUUGGUUUUUGAAAGGAAUGGGGAUGUUGGGUCAGAGACUGAUUUGGACAAUUCGGACGAGGCUUUGUUGGAUAAAAGGCUUAAGAUGACUUCAGAGCCAAUGAGGUUUGGGAAAGAAAAUUCAAAGGGCAUUCUGAAGGUUGCUCCUACAAAAGCUUCUAUGAAAAUGGAGUACAUGGGUGUUGAGGAUCAGUACCCUUCGUCUGGCAAGUGUGAUUUCAAGAAGAAAGAUAAGACUUCCAAGGGGCUUUUGGGUUUUCCUCGAAGGGGUCAAGUGGACAGGUUUGAUUUAGGAGGCAGUCGAAAGGCUUGGAAUCAGAUAAGGAAGGGUGAGGAUGAGGCCGAGGAAGAAGAAGAGGAUGCUUACGAGGAGCACUCUCAGGCAUUGAAUGCUAGGGCUAGAUUGCCGAAAUCAGGAAACAGGGAGCUAUUGAAACAAAAUGCUAGGGUUAUGGAAGAUCAGUUUGGUGAUGUACAAAUCAAGGGCAAUGUUGGGCUGCCACAAUAUAGCAACAAGAGUAGGAUUCCCAGUCAAGGGGUCACCAUAGCUGCCUAUAACCCUCAUUCCCUUGAAACUAUGAGCAACGCCAAGUAUCCUGCCAAAGAUUGGAUGUAUCCUGUUAAAAAUCGGGGGCAUCAAGUUAAAGACGUCAUUCCCUUGGGGCGACAAGUUAAAGCUCAGGAGUCCAUGAUUAAAAACAAGAAAUGGAAACCUAAUGAAAGUGACUCGUAUGUCAAGACAGUACAGGGAAACUUCAAAGCCAAAUCUGCUUAUAAUGGUGGGAUUGCGAAAGAGUACUCUUUGGUUGGUACUAUGUUCAGCCAGAGUGAUGAGACAGAAUCUGAUUCCUCUGAGAAGCUUGAGGAAGAUGGAGAAUUAAGUCCAUACCCGAACAAAUUUGGGUAUCCAACUGGUGCCAGCAAGAGGACAGCGUAUGAUUCUAAGAAGAGCGGGAAGAUUACAAAGGUAGAUAUUUCCCAAGGAAAUCAUAAAAGUAAAACAGCUGAUCCCAAUUAUGUGGAAGAUGUUGUGUUGGUUAAGAAAACUCUGGCACCGCAUCCUAUUGGAAAGUUGCAGAAGCCAUGGCAUAAGUCAUAUACAGCAGAUAAAAAGAGGAAAGGUCCUGUUGUUCUGGACCAUUCUUCAGAGUCAACUUAUAUGCGUGAUUAUGGACGUGGCAUACUGGAUGAAUAUGCAGAGUAUCCGGGUCGAACCUCUCCUUGUCCUGAUGGCCAGAUGGUGAUGGUGACUGAUACUCUUACCACUGGGGCCAAUCACUAUGGCAGACCGAUUAUGCCCUUGUUAGGAUGCAAUUCUGUGACUAAGAAACGAAAAGGGUAUGCUGAUGUUAAUAAUGAAGAUGAGACUGAGGAAUCUUCUUACCCACAAUCUAGUCCUAUGCUGCUGAUUGAUGAGUCAAAUUCCAUUAAGAAGAAGGGAAAAAAGAAAGCAGAUGCUGUAACUGUUCCAUCUGUUUCAACUCCAGAUAAAAUGAUACCAGAAGUAGAAACAGCUGACGUUGAACUGAAGCCAAAGCCUCAGAAGAAGCCAUUCACACUGAUCACUCCCUCUAAACACACUGGCUUUUCAUUCUCCAUUAUACACCUCCUUUCAGCUAUCCGGAAGGCGAUGACUACUACUACUGUGGAAGAUACUGCAGAUAUUGUCAAUAAUCUUGAUAAGGGUGAUGUCAAACUAAAACCAAGAAGCGAAGAGAAUGAAGCACUUCAGCCAAUCAAUAAUACAGACUUGCCUAACUCUCUUGAGAAUUUGGAUGUCAAUGCUCCAGAGUCUGCAGCGCAUGACAAUAUACCUUCUUUUACACUUCAAGAGAUUGUUAAUCGAGUCAGAUCAAACCCAGGAGAUCCUUGCAUUCUCGAAACACAGGAACCUCUUCAGGAUUUGGUCAGAGGCGUUCUGAAGAUAUUUUCAUCGAGGACAGCGCCACUAGGAGCAAAGGCUUGGAAGGCACUUGUAUCAUAUAAGAAAUCAAAUAAAAGUUGGUCCUGGGUGGGUCCUGUUUCUUCUAGCUCAUCUGAUAAUGAUACUAUCGAAGAGGAAACUUCUCCUGAAGCAUGGGGUCUUCCCCAUAAAACUCUUGUGAAGCUGGUCGAUUCCUUUGCCAAUUGGCUAAAGAGUGGCCAGGAGACCCUUAAGCAAAUAGGAAGCCUUCCCCCACCACCUGCGGCGAUGUUUCUCCAGUUGGAUGAGAAGGAAAGAUUCAGAGACCUAAGAGCUCAGAAGAGUCUUAACACUAUUAACCCAAGCUCUGAAGAAGUGCGGGAAUAUUUUCGUAAAGAGGAACUACUGAGGUACUUAAUUCCGGACAGGGCCUUUUCUUAUACUGCUGUUGAUGGGAAAAAAUCUAUUGUUGCUCCACUGAGAAGGGGAGGUGGUAAGCCAACAUCAAAGGCUCGAGACCAUUUUAUGCUUAAAACUGAUCGUCCGCCACAUGUCACUAUUCUUUGUCUUGUGAGAGAUGCAGCUGCGAGGCUGCCCGGCAGUAUUGGAACCAGAGCAGAUGUUUGUACUCUAAUCAGGGAUUCCCAAUACAUUGUUGAAGAGGUUUCGGACGAAAAAGUUAACCAAGUUGUUAGUGGAGCUUUAGACAGAUUGCAUUAUGAGCGUGAUCCUUGUGUACGGUUUGAUUCAGAUAGAAAAUUGUGGGUUUAUAGGCAUAGGGACAGGGAGGAGGAAGAUUUUGAGGAUGAUGGUACCUCAUCCACAAAGAAAUGGAAGAGGCCUAGAAAAGAUGCUGCAGAUCAGCCCGAGACUGGAGCAGGAAACGAUGCAAUCUGUCCUGCUAUUGAAGAUACAGUUCCGGAUGGUUCUGGUGGAUAUGAUUUGAAUCCUGAUCUUAAUGCUGAUAUGUCAUCUGUCCUAGUGACAGAAAGUAUACCUGUUUGUAAUGAUUUCAGAGCGAACAUGGAGAAUAUUCAGCCAUAUAUUGACCCAUCAUCAGGUGGUGGGGGUCAAGGUGAUGCCAUGAGUUGGCAGCCUCUUGAGUUAAAUCCCUUGGGUGGAAACACAAUGCUUUGUCAACAGAACUCCACAAAUGAAGAUUAUCAGGAUGAAACCUUCAGCAGAGAACGGGCAGUUGGACUCUUGAGUGCCAGCUUAUUGUGAAUACUGGGUUUGCUACACCAUUUCCUACAUGUUUAUACUGCAGGAUUGACCAAGGUGAAAACCCUGCUUCGAAUUAAAAGUGCGGAUCGGCAAAUGUGGCUUCUCACCUGUACAUUUUUACUGACGGCAACUGUAAAUCUCAUGUUGUUUUCAUUUAAGGCCAAAAAUCUCUUUUUAGCAAUCUGAAGAUUCCGCAAUGAUUAGCAUUGCAGUCAUGAUAUUGCCAGUGUCAGUGAGUGGUUAUAUUGUCCACACUUUCAUUCUUUGAACAAAUGGUAGUGCAGAAAUUUUACGUUUGGUUAGAUAUCUCGUACACUUUUUUGUCUGUGGGUGUUUAAGGAUGACAGAAUCGUUAUGGGGCUAUUUGGCAUGCUGCAAUUGUAAAUGCAGAUUGCAUGCAGAAAAUUUGCAGGCGACAGUUAUUAUAGAAAUUAGCUCCCAGUCUUAUCAUUUGCAUAUUUGCACUUUGUUGUAGGAAAUGUGUUUCCAAAUGCAAAUUCAGUGUUGUUGUUGGAUUUGCAUCUUUUGUUACAAGAAAUUCCAUUACAAUUCAAAUUUA